AUGGAGGCAGAAACAAGCAAAGAUGUAUCCCUUUCCGAGACAACCCUCAAACCAUCUGAUGAAAUUGAAGGCACACGCCCAGCGGAAGAUGUGGCUGAUCCCGGAAUGACAGGCCUGUCAAUUAUCGCGAUAGUCUCUGGGCUUACGCUGGCUAUAUUUCUUAUGUCGCUAGACUCAUCAAUUAUCGCGACAGCCAUCCCUGUUAUCACAUCCCAAUUCAACAGUACUGAGGAUAUUGCCUGGUAUGGAAGUGCAUAUUCGUUCGCAAUGUGCGCAGUACAGCCUGUGACCGGCAAGCUAUAUUCAAAUUUUCCUAUGAAACAAAUGUUCCUUGGAUGUUUAGCCAUUUUUGAGCUCGGAUCCCUGAUCUGUGCCCUUGCUGUUAAUAGUCCUAUGUUGAUCAUCGGACGAGCAAUCGCCGGAGUCGGCGCUGCAGGGACAUGCACCGGAGGUUUCUGCAUUGUUGCAGUUGCUCUACCCCUUGAGAAGCGACCGUUCUGUAUAAGCAUUCUCCAGUCAACGUUCGGUAUUGCGACUAUCAUCGGACCAUUAUUAGGUGGAGCAUUUACGGAUCAUGCAACAUGGAGAUGGUGUUUCUGGAUCAAUUUACCUCUGGGUGCGAUCACCAUCGUUUCUAUAAUCUUCUUCUUUAAGCCGCCUGCACGCGAUCCGACAGAGCAGGUUCCCACGUUCCUCCGCAGAAUUGCAGAUCUCGAUCUACCAGGCGCAUUUAUGUUUGCUCCCACGGUGAUUAUGAUUCUUCUGGCUCUUGAAUGGGGAGGAUCGAAAUAUCCUUGGAAAAGUGCUACUAUUAUUGGCCUUUUUAUUGGAGGGGCUGGACUGGGUAUUGUCUUCGCUUUCUGGCAAAUACGAAGGGGUGAUAACGCCAUGAUUCCACCACGUUUAAUCACAAAUCGUACACUCUUUUUCGCCUGUGCGACUGAGUUCUUCAUCAUGGGCGCAGUUAUGAUAUCGAUUUACUACCUGCCUGAGUGGUUCCAAGUUAUCAAAGGGGCCUCACCUACGAAAUCGGGCAUUAUGUAUCUGCCCCUUGCAUUAUCGGAUGUUAUUGCUGCUCUCUCCGCGGGCGCAUCGCUCAAGUAUCUUGGAUAUCCGAAUGGUUUGAUUCUCUUCGGGACAGCUCUGAUGAGUAUAGCUACGGGGCUAUUCUCCACGUUUACUACUAGUACCGGCCAUGAGAAAUGGAUUUCUUACCAAGUUCUCCAGGGUCUUGGCGUGGGAAUGUCCAUAGCAAUGCCCUAUGUCGCAACACAGACAACUCUCGAUCCUGUUGACAUCCCCGUCGGCACCUCUCUCCUACAGUGUUUCCAGUUCUUUGGCGCUGCCGUGGACCUUGCUAUUGGGGAGACUGUUUUCUCAAAUAGACUGGUGGCACGAUUGAAUGAGCUGGGCUUUAACUCUGAGGAUGUUCAGAAAAUUCUUAACGCAGGCUCUGCAAAGGUUAGAAGUGUGGUUUCGAAGGAUCAGCUGCAUGGUGCACUGGAAGGCUAUAAUUAUGCCUUGACGAAGACUUUCUAUGUUGCUGCGAGCUUUGUUGCUGUUGCUUUCGUCCUGUCUCUGGGGUUGCCUUGGAAGAGUGUCAAACCACCUAAACCCUCGGCAUCUAUGGAUGAAGAGAAAAACAAUCACCCUACUAGCUAG